CAAAUGAAGAAACAUCCAUGUCGACAGUGUGACAAAUCUUUCAGUUCAUCCCAUAGUUUAUGUCGCCACAACCGUAUCAAACACAAAGGCAUUAGGAGGGUUUAUACAUGCUCGCACUGCCCAGACUCAAGGCGUACUUUCACCAAGCGGCUGAUGUUGGAAAAACACAUUCAGUUGAUGCAUGGCAUUAAAGACCCGGAUGUGAAAGAAAUGAUGGAAUCAGCCAAUAUGGAAGAAAGGGAAGUAAAAGAAGACACAAAGGUUCACAGUCCAAAGCGUAAACAGGAAGAACCUGUACUGGAAUUUAAGCCUCCACGAGGUGCAAUCACGCAGCCGUUGAAGAAACUAAAGAUAAAUGUUUUUAAAGUUCACAAGUGUGCUGUUUGUGGCUUUACGACAGAAAAUCUCCUCCAGUUUCAUGAACAUAUUCCUCAGCACAAAUCUGACGGCUCUUCAUACCAAUGCAGGGAAUGUGGACUGUGCUACACAUCUCACGUGUCCCUCUCCAGACACCUCUUCAUUGUACAUAAGCUGAAGGAGCCUCAGCCAGUAUCAAAACAAAACGGGUCUGGGGAGGAUAAUCAGCAAGAAAAUAAACCCAACCACGAGGAUGAAUCAUCCGACAGCAUGAUGUCAGACAGAAGGUGCAGAGUAUGCGCAAAGGCUUUUGAAACGGAAGCAGCCUUAAACACUCACAUGAGAACACACGGCAUGGCCUUCAUUAAGUCAAAAAGAAUUAGUUCAGCUGAGAAGUGA